AUGAGUGUGGAUCAUAUGAGAGAGCCAUUGUUGAAGAACAAUCGCCACUACUAUAAGGAUUGUCCAGGUUGUAAAGUUGAACAAGCAAAAGAGCUUAACAAAGGUGUUUCCAUUACAAAUCUUUUCAUCAUUUGGAUGGUGGUGUUAUCUUCAACACUUCCUGCAUCAUCACUCUUUCCAUUCUUGUAUUUCAUGAUUAGGGAUUUUAACAUCGCGAAAUCUGAGGCGGAUAUUAGUUACUAUGCUGGUUAUGUAGGAUCAUCAUUCAUGCUUGGAAGAACUUUAACAUCUGUAUUAUGGGGAAUGGUUUCUGAUCGAUAUGGUCGAAAACCUGUUAUGGUUAUUGGCGUUUUCUCAGUUGUCAUUUUCAACACACUAUUUGGCAUUAGUACGAGUUUUUGGAUGGCGGUUAUCACGAGAUUUCUUCUCGGGUGUUUGAAUGGUGCAAUUGGACCAACUAAGGCUUAUGCUACUGAAAUUUUUCGAGAAGAACACCAAGCUCUUGGACUCUCAACGGUCAGUGUUGCUUGGGGAACAGGCUUAAUCAUUGGACCAGCAUUGGGAGGUUAUUUAGCUCAGCCAACUGAGAAAUACCCACAUAUAUUUCCUAAGGGUUCCUUUUGGGAUAAGUAUCCUUACUCCUUGCCAAGCUUUAUAAUAUCGGCGGUUUCAUUCAUAGUAGUUAUUGUCUGCUUGUGGAUUCCUGAAACACUUCACAAGCACAAUGGUAACAAUGUGUCCACGGAUGAUACUGAAGCUUUAGAAAAUGGAAGCAACAAUGUUGACAAAGAAAAAACAGUCCAGAAUAAUGAAAGCCUCUUCAUGAAUUGGCCCUUAAUGUCAUCUAUAAUUGCUUACUGUGUCUUCUCACUUCAUGACAUUGCUUAUCAAGAAGUUUUCUCUUUGUGGUGUGUUAGUCCUCCAAGUCUAGGAGGUUUGAACUUCACAACUGAUGAUGUUGGUAAUGUUCUUGCAAUUUCAGGUCUAGCACUAGUAAUCUACCAACUAACCCUAUACCAAUAUAUGGAAAAAGCUUGUGGACCUGUUGGAAUCGCCAGAAUCACUGGGAUAUUUUCAAUACCACUUUUGCAAAGUUAUCCCUUCAUAGCAAUGUUGUCAGGCAUAACAUUGUAUAUAUUAAUUAGUAUUGCUUCCAUCCUCAAAAAUAUUAUAUCUGUGACAAUUACAACAGGUUUAUUCCUUGUACAAAACAGAGUAGUGGAACAAGAACAAAGAGGAGCCGCUAAUGGUAUUUCUAUGACAGCUAUGUCUCUAUUCAAAGCUAUUGGACCGGCUGCAGGAGGUACAAUGUUAACUUGGUCGCAAAAGCGUGGCGAUGCUUCUUUCCUCCCAGGUACCCAUAUGGUGUUUUUCUUUUUGAAUGUGAUUGAAGGAAUUGGAAUACUUAUGAUGUUCAAACCAUUCCUUGGUGAAAAGAAGAACACACUUUCAGAUCAGUUACACUGA